AUGGCGGUCGUUAUUAUAACCACUGACGCUAAUCGUGUCUCCUUAUCAAUGGAUUAUCGGGUGACGAAUUCUAAUAAUUCAACAACUUUAUAUAUUAAUAGUGAAAGUUCAUUUACACUUCAAUAUGCUAUACUGCCUUAUAUUGGUUUAAUAUCUUUAAUUGUUACAGUUUGGCUUCUCGUUUAUGUUUCAACAGUAUUUUCACGUCGUUAUAAUCUUAAACAUGAACAUCGUCGAGCACAUUCACUUUACCUCACACAAGCUACUACUAUUAUUGGUGGGCAUGAAGUUUCGACUAUAAUAUCACGGGACGAUGCAUGA